AUGGUUGCGCCUGCCCCGUUGCCGUUCCCCACUGCGCAUGCUGAGGAUGAAUUUGUGGUUGAACUUGCUCCUGAGAUACUGCGAUUAUUGCCGAGGGUUCAUCAAUCUGAGGAGGUGGUGGCGGUGUCGUUUCUUCUGCGGAUCUUGAGAAAUAACCGCACUAUUCUGGAUUUGUACUCGAGGGAGUACUAUGUACAGUACAUCAACUACAUCAACUUCACGAUUAGGCUCGCCGAUGUUGGGCUGCGAAAGGGCAACUGCUCGUCUCUUCCUCACCGCUCUUUGUCAUGCAGUGACUCCAGCUACUACUCCGAUCGGUAUAGAUGUGGGAAAUACAUGAUGAAAAAGGGUCUAACGUUAUCCAAGACACUGGCGAUCGUGGACUGCAAGGAGGCUGUCAAUUCUCAGUUUUACAUUGACUCUUCAUCAUGCCUCAGUGAAGUCAAGUUUUCGGAUUCCUCUAGUACGAGAAGGCGAGUGUACGCCAUGGUCGAUGUGAAUGUCUCGUACGUGGAAGCUAUAUGCACUAUAGAGCAUAUGGCAAUGAUACCUUGGUGGGUUGAUGGCAACAAUGUUCGCUCUUAUGUGCAGAUUCAUGAACUUAUGGUUUAUGGGUUUGAGCUUUCAUGGCUUCCAAUUGCCUGUGGACGGAAUUGUUACCGCUUGUUUAUCAGCUGGGAAAUCACAGGUGGUCUUAAGGACAAACUAGGCGAGGGAGGGUAUGGUUCUGUGUUCAAAGGAAGACUCCGGAGUGGCCGUGAGGUGGCAGUGAAGAUCCUAAAGAAGGGGGAAUCGGACGGGCAGGACUUCAUAAGUGAAGUGGCUACAAUUGGAAGAAAUCAUCAUGUUAACGUGGUUGAACUCAUUGGUUUUUGCUUCAAUGGCUCAAAACAAGCUCUUGUCUAUGAUUUCACACACAAUGGGUCUUUAGAUAAGCAUAUUUUUUCACAAGGACAAGGGAUGUCUCUUGAUUGCAAGAAAUUGUACAAGAUUGCUUUGGGAAUAGCUAGAGGGAUUGAGUAUCUUCAUCGAGGGAUUACCCCAAAAGUUUUCGAUUUUGGGCUCGCGAGAUUGUGUCCCAUGGAGUACAAUAUCGUGUCUCUAAUUGCUGCAAGGGGAAACUUGGGAUAUAUGGCUCCAGAGUUGGUCUACAAGAAUCUUGGGGGUGUCUCUUACAAAGCCGAUGUCUAUAGUUUCGGCAAAUUGUUGAUGGAAAUGGCCACUAGAAGGAAGAAUGAGGACAAUGUUACGGGGUGUUUGAGUCACACUUACUUUCCUUUAUGGGUUCAUGACCAACUUAAUAAAGGAUUGGAUAUUCCAGUGGAAUAUAUUAGCUAG